GCUCCUCCGGCGGCGCUUCCUGGUGUUGGGGAAGUCAUGGCGCUGGCCUGGUUGCAGCGCGUCGAACUCGCGUUCUUCGCUACCGCCUUCUUAUGCGGAGCCGUGGCGGCCGCGGCGCUGACCCGGACCCAGGGUUCCUUCAGUGGCAGCUGUCCUCUGUAUGGUGUGGCCGUCCUGAAUGGCUCCUCUCUGGUCUUGUCCCAACCCUCGGCCCCAUCCCUCUGCUACUUUGUGGCUGGGGCCUCGGGCCUACUGGCCCUCUACUGUCUCCUGCUUCUGCUCUUCUGGGUCUACACCAGCUGCAUCGAGGACUCCCACAGAGGCCCGAUGGGGCUCCGCUUUGCACUGGCCACCUCAGCUAUAGCCAUCUUCCUGGUCUUAGUGUGUGCCUGUAUUCUUCGAUUUGGCACCAGUUCCCUGUGCAAAUCCAUCAUCUCCCUGAACAUGACUAGCUGCUCUGAUGCCCAGAAAACUCCAUGGAUACCCCCUGGAACCGCUGUGCAGUUUUACUCCAACCUACAUAAUGCUGAAACUUCCUCUUGGGUGACUCUGGUUUUGUGGUGUGUGGUCCUGGUGCUCCAGGUUGUGCAGUGGAAGUCUGAAGCCGCCCCAUACCGGCCUCUGCAGAGGGGGGACCCUGAGUGGAGCUCUGAGACAGAUGCUCUUGUUGGGCCACGCCUUUCCCAUUCCUGAAGACUCACCAAGGAGUACUUCUGCAGCCAGACUCCAUGCCCAAGUGCCUUUAAUCCUCUUGGCCCGACACGGCUCUGUUUAUGAGGGUAGCCUUAGUUUUCCCUCCAGGAGGGAAACGUGAUGACACCUCUUUUCCUACAGCUGUUUUUGUACCAGAGUAUUAUAUUACUUUCUUUCUUCAUCUCA